AUGUCCAGCUGGGACUUGGUCAAGACGUUUGCUAAAGCAGAAACGAGUUCCCAAUGGUUCCGCUAUGGACGCAAAACGGGACACGAGCCGGGAAAACCACUCAAUGACGGUAUAAGUUUCCCCAUAAAUUACCCGGGGAAAGUGGGUUCUUUCUCUGUGCAGACUUUUAACGGGAGCCAAACUAUGAACUCUCACAAUUCAGGAAGCGUUGCCACUGGAAACAGCAGCAGCAGCACUGUGAUAUCAACUGCAGCUGUCAGCGCAGGAGCGGUUUUGUCAAAAGGGCUGGCGGCCACCACUGUCUCAUUGCCCCCCCUGUCAAACAGCGUCAUCCAGACGCCACUCGUGAAUUCAGACAGUGUUCCUGCUACGAGCCAAGGACCCACGGUGACACUUGUCAGGCCACCUAUGCAAGCAAUCGGAUCGAGCGCAACUUUAAACGGGAGCAAUGCUGCAUGCACAGCUGUGGCUGCUAAUGUAACAAAUCAGACAGGUAUUGGCACUCAAAACCCGCUGCCAAACACCUCUACGUCCAGCAGUGCUGGUUCACACAUCAUUAAAGCAGAGCCACCAACAACUAUAAUCCAGUCGGCACAGCAGCCUGCUGUUUCAGCCACCCCCAACUCCAUCAGUACCCCCGGACCUCCAGGCAUGGCAGCUGCAAGUAUGCCCGGAAUCACACCCCAGACGCUGGCUCCCAGACUCCCACAGACCUCUCCAGGACAGCCCAGUGUUCACAACAUCCAGCUACCCCAGGGUAUGGUGCUGGUACGCAGUGAGAGUGGGCAAUUAUUGAUGAUUCCUCAGCAGGCUCUGGCCCAAAUGCAAGCACAGGCACAGGGAGGCAUGGCUCCUCGGACAGCUAUGCCAGCAAAUGUGUCUGCAGGCCAGGCUUCCGGACCCACAAUAAUCAGUAGACAAGUAACUCCGAGCAACAUCAUUCGACCAGCAUCACUUCCUGCGAUUACUGCUCUUCAUAGACCCCCCAUCCUGCCAAGCUCCGUUGGGGCCCCAGUACCAGGAAUGGCCCCUAGAACACUCACUCCUACUGCUGGGACCACAGUUACCUCAGUAACUGGGAGCAAAGAGACUAUGGAGAAUGUAAAGAAAUGCAAGAACUUCCUAUCUACACUGAUCAAGCUGGCAUCCAGUGGGAAUCAGUCCACAGAGACAGCAGCCACUGUGAGACAGCUGGUCAAAGACCUGCUGGAAGCUAAGCUUGAAGCUGAAGAAUUCACCAGCAGAUUGUACAAAGAGCUGAAUUCGUCACCCCAACCUUACCUUGUGCCUUUUCUGGAGAGGAGCCUCCCAGCCUUGAGGCAGCUCACCCCGGAUUCAGCUACUUUCAUCCAGCAGAGUCAGCUUCCACAAACAGCCUCAGCUGCUGUUUCGUCCUCCUCAGCCACCUCCACCUCAGUGAUUCUGGGAAGUCCUGCUCCCCGUCUCUCUGUUCCAGGCAGCAGGCCCCAACUUCAGCCGACACUUAAACAAGGACAGACAACGUCACUGGUUCUCCAUCCUCAGCAGCAAAAAGGGAUUUUGAGGCCUCCGGUGACUUUACCAACCACCCCCAUGAUGGCUCUAAGGAAUCAGACCCCUGGUCGCAUCGUGUUGGGACAGCAGCAAGUUCAGCUUAAAGAGCUGCAACCAGUUCCACUGAGACCAGAGGUGGCUCUUGUUCCUAAACACGUGUCUGCUGUUGCUUUGACACAGGCACAGAAGAAUAAGCUAAAAGAGGCGGGUGGCACUUUCAAGGAUGAUGACGACAUCAACGACGUGGCCUCCAUGGCGGGAGUAAACCUAUCAGAGGAGAGUGCUAAUAUCCUGGCUUCUAACUCUGGACUUGUUGGUGCUGUGACACAUUCCUGUAAGGAUGAGGCUUUUCUCUCCUGUGCCACACUGCAGAGGAGGAUGCUAGAGAUAGGUAUGAGAUAUGGAGUAACAGAGCUGGGAGCAGAGGUGGUAAAUUACAUCUCCCACGCUACUCAGCAGCGACUCCUGAACUUACUUGAAAAGGUCUCUAUAGUAGCCCAGCAGAGAAACGUCAACUUCAAGGAGGACGAGCGCUAUGAGCAGAGCAGUGAUGUUCGAGCCCAGCUGAAGUUCUUGGAGCAGCUGGACCAACUGGAGAAGCAGAGAAAGGAGGAGCAGGAGAGGGAGAUCCUGCUGAAGGCAGCUAAGUCUCGCGCUCGGCAAGAGGAUCCAGAGCAGCUGCGUCUGAAAUUGAAAGCGAAAGAGAUGCAGAUGCAGGAGCUGGCUCAGAUGAGACAGAGAGAAGCCAACCUCACCGCCUUGGCAGCCAUCGGGCCCAGGAAAAAGAGAAAGAAUCUGGACUCUCCAUCCUCAUCUGCUUCAGCUGAGGUAACAAUGAAGACAAUAAUUAAUGUUUGCACAAUUUGUGCCCGUGCACCUGCAGCAGCCAUGGCCAGAUACAUCGUGUUUCUUGGUCAUCUUCAUGUCCCUUGGUAUAUUUUUCCAUCUGUUUCAUUUUCAUUAGCAAACAUCAGAGGAAAACUGAGGAAGAUUAGCCUGUGAAUUUUCUAUCAUUACAUUAACAGCCUAAUUCAGAAACGGGAAGAGAGUGGACUGAUAGCUGCUACUUACUCGGCUUCAAUAGUACUUAUAAAACUGUAAUUUUUUUUUUUUACUGAUUAAAUGACGAAUAUAGGCUGUUAAUUUAAAGAAUGAUGAAUGAUUAGAUUCCAUUUGUGAACUGUUUUGAAAAGCAACGUGUGGUAUGUGUGUAUGUUUUCAUCCCCCUGAAACUCCUUUCCUUGCUGUAAUGGCAGCAAGGUUGGGGUGCAAUGCUUCUAGUCUUUUACAUCUAGAGCUAUUUUUACCAAUUUUUCUUUUUGCAAAUUGAUGUAACUUCAGUAUGUUUGGAUGAAGGUU